GAAAUUACUGCACAUGGAAGCCAGAUUUACCAGAGUUCCGCGUGAUUCCCGGUGUGAUGUUGAUCAACUUCACAGUCAUAACAGUUUUGUAAAUGCUUGUCUACUUGCUGAGCUAAAAUCAGAAGUUAGAAAAUUCCGAUGUCUAUAUUUGUAAAGAUUUAAUAGUGAUAAGUGGCAAGGCAUCACUCACUGUAGAAUAUUUGCAUACUUAAAAGCCCGCGUGUCUUAAAGUGGUUGUACUGUGGUGCGACUUGAAGUUCACGGCUUCUGGCUUCGGCGAAGCCUAGCGGUUUGACUACUCAUCUUCUCUUCAUUUUCCUAUACAAUGCCGUCGUAACCCAUGAAAGUGAACAGCACAAGAAUUGGAAGCUAUGGAUUUUGCGCGAUUUGCUCAGUAUGCAAUACUUGUGGUAGUUUUGUGGACUUAUCUUUGCUGUGUACAACUCGCGUACGGAAAGGGCUGUCAUCCUUCACAGUUCCCCUGUAAAGAUGGAUUAAGCUGCAUUGAUAAGUCAUGGGAGUGUGAUGACUUUCCGGACUGCUCUGAUGGUAGUGAUGAAGAAAAUUGUGGUGGAAGGACUUGUUCACCACUGCAGUUUGCAUGCAAUAACAGGUGUAUCCCUAAAACAUGGCAGUGUGAUGAUGAUAUUGACUGUCAGGAUGGUGAAGAUGAAAAGGAUUGUUCGGAAGCAACAACAUGUUCCAGUUCCCAAUUCCAAUGUGCCGAUAAAUUGCGCUGUAUACCUACACGCUGGCAGUGUGAUGGCAAGGAAGAGUGUGACGAUGGCAGUGAUGAAGUGGAUUGUGCAAAUCAUACCUGUGCCAGCCAUGACUUCAGCUGUGCUAAUGGAAAGGAGUGUAUUGCUAUGGAGUGGAGAUGUGAUAGGGAUUAUGACUGUGGGGACAUGUCAGAUGAACAUGGCUGUGAACCAGGUCCACCUUGUGAAGCUGGAAACUUCAGGUGUGGAAAUGGCCGAUGCAUUGAUGCAAGUUGGGUUUGUGAUGAGCAGGAUGAUUGCAGGGAUUGGACCGAUGAGGUCAAUUGCACACAAAAUGCCUGUGAUGAGGCAACUGAGUUCAGAUGUUCUGAUGGAAAAUGCAUAAAUAUCAACUGGAAAUGUGAUGGGGAUAAAGACUGUGAUGAUAAUUCUGAUGAACAAAACUGCGGUCCUGUGACAUGUUCAUCGAAUCAAUGGCAGUGUGUUGGAACAUCUCACUGUUUGGACUUAGCUAAAGUGUGUGAUGGAAAUAAUGAUUGUGGUGAUAAUUCUGAUGAAGGACCACAUUGCCUAAACGAAAACUGCUUGAAGCUGAAAAAUUGCAGCCAAAUCUGUAAACAGACUCGAAGUGGAGCAGAGUGUUUCUGCAGACCUGGUUAUAGUCUUGAUUCUGAUGGGAUUUCAUGUAACGAUAUCAAUGAGUGUUUUAUUCUUGGAAUUUGUGAUCAUGAAUGCAUCAACACUGAGGGGUCUUACAAGUGCUCCUGUUUGGAUGGUUACGUUUAUGAACCACCACGAACCUGUCGUCCAAAAGGUGAAGAAGAGGCAUGGUUAUUGUUAGCAAACAGGAAAAGCAUUCGCCAAGUUAGUUUGAAUGGUAGAAAUUACGGUGACGUUUUCUCAAACUCAAGCCGAACAGUGGCCAUUGAUUUUGACGUCGAGGAUGGAAAACUUUACUGGUCAGAUGUAAAAGAUAAUGCCAUUUACAGGGCAAAUAUUGUGUUUCAUCGAGAUGGUGGACACCUUGGAGAGGUAGAAGCUGUGGCAAAAGAUGGGUUAGCUGUGUCAGAUGGGAUUGCUGUGGAUUGGGUGGCAAAGAAUUUGUACUUUGUCGAUAGCUCUGCUAAAAGGAUCUUUGUCUGUAGAUUGAACGGGAGUUUCCUGUUAUCGCUUAUAACUACUGAUCUUGCAAGCCCAAGAGGCAUUGCGGUUGACCCUAGGGACGGCUACCUGUUCUGGACUGACUGGGGAAAACACGUGAUAGAGCGGGCUGGAAUGGAUGGAACAAAUCGCAAGACUAUUGCCAACACAGCUGUUUAUUGGCCCAAUGCGCUGACCUUGGAUUACCCCACGCGUCAAAUUUACUGGGGAGACGCACACCUUGACUAUAUUGGAGCCAUGAGUUAUGACGGUAAAAACAGGAGAAGGGUUCUUGGCUAUCCAAGAGUUGUACAUCCAUUUGCCAUCACCGUGUUUCGAAAUGACUUGUACUUCUCAGACUGGACAAGGCAUGCAGUUGUGAAAGUGGAGAAGUUCUUUGGUAAUCAUAGUACAGUUCUCUUGGCAAACCUUGGGCAGCCAAUGGAUGUUCAUGUGUAUCACAGCGCCAGGCAGCCAGCUGCUGCAAAUCCGUGUGAAAAUAGAAAGUGCAAUUGCGAACACCUUUGUCUCAUAUCCCCAGUUCCACACAGAGAUUGUAUAUGCAAGUGUAAAACGGGAUAUCAGUUAACGGAUGAUGGAAAAUCGUGCAAGAAGAUGGAGACCUUCCUGAUCUUCGCCCGUAAUACAGAAAUUGCUGGUAUACCCAAAGAGGUGAAUUCAUCUGGCGAUGCAAUUCUUCCUCUAUCUGGGCUCGGAAAUGCUGUAGGUAUUGACUAUGAUGUCAAAGAGCAAAUGAUAUACUUCUCAGACAAUGAACGGGACAACAUCAGCAGAGUUGGUCGUUUUGACAGAAAGGUGGAGGUUUUGGUCAAAUCGGUGAGAUCUGUGAAUGGUAUUGCAGUGGAUUGGCUUGGUCGAAACUUGUAUUGGACAGACGCAGACAAACGUGAGGUGGCAGUAGCGAAAUUAGACGGAUCAUUUAAGAAAGUGUUAUUUCAUGAAGAUGUGGCAAGACCUUCAGCUAUCGUGGUAAAUCCUGUGGACGGGCGAAUGUAUUGGAGCGCUUGGAUUACUCCAGCCAGAAUAGAAGCUGCCAACAUGGACGGCACAGGACGUCAAAUCUUUGUACAAGGAGGGGGUUUGGCCCGGCCAAAUGGCCUCAGCAUCGACUACGCCUCAAGGAAACUCUACUGGUCAGAUGAAAUGACCUCCGCCAUUGAAAGCGUGAAUCUGGAUGGCUCUGAUCGUAAGAUGAUACUUCUGACCACAGGUCACCCGUUUGGUCUUGACGUUCACAAUGGAUUCGUCUACUGGACUGAUUGGACCAGGCACGAACUACUAAGAGCAAAGAUCACUGAUCCAUCUUCUGAGGCGGUACUAAGAUCAGGCUUGGAGGGUGUGAUGGAAAUUAGAGUUUAUGACUCCAAGAGACAAACAGGCAGUAGUCCCUGUAGCAGUGGCUCUUCUGGUUGUAGCCACUUAUGUCUGUUGCGUCCAGGAGGUUACACGUGUGCCUGUCCUUAUGGUAUGCAGUUGGAGUAUGGCAGUAACAAGACAUGUAUUGUCAAUGAAUCUGUCAGCCCUACACCUCACUGUCCAGCAAAUCAAUUUGCAUGUCACAAUGGGGCCUGUAUUCCCAAAAACUGGAAAUGCGAUGGAGAAUUUGACUGUCUGGAUCACUCAGAUGAGUCGCAAUUUGCAGAUUGUCCUGGUGUAUCUUGCAAGGAAAAUCAAUUCCGCUGCUUGAAAAGCGGUAAAUGCAUCCCUGAAAACUGGUAUUGCGAUGGUGACAACGACUGUGGAACCGGAGAUCGCUCGGACGAGUCUAACUGUUCACUGUCCGCCUGCACCGCGGUGCAAUUCCGCUGUAGCGAUGGUAAAUGUGUUCCUAUCAGUUGGAGAUGUGAUGGGUUUGAUGAUUGUGUUGAUGGUUCGGACGAACUGAAAUGUGAGAACCAAAGUUGUCAGGAGCAGGACUUUUCCUGCCCGUCUGGAGAAUGUUUGCCCUCCGAUUGGCGAUGCGACGGUGACGACGACUGCGGUGAUAACGCGGAUGAACAGAGUUGCCCUCCUCGGCAGUGCACGCAGGGUGAAUUUCGUUGCUUGAAUGGCCAGUGCGUCACUGGAAGCUGGCGAUGCGACGGAGCUGAAGAUUGCCAAGAUGGAACUGAUGAGGCAGGAUGCCCCUCCGUGGAACCCAACGGCUGUGGUGUAGACAAGUUCUUGUGCAAUAACUCUCAAUGCAUCCCAAAGCGAUAUGUGUGCGAUGAUGACGAUGAUUGUGGAGACGAGUCAGAUGAACUCUCAAACUGCUCAUUAUCAACUUGUGCUCCGGACGAGUUGACCUGCGACAAUCAGCGAUGUGUUACGAGGGACUGGGUCUGUGAUGGGGACAACGAUUGUGGUGAUAUGACUGAUGAGCGUAACUGCUCUGUGACUCAAAUCACGUGCAGCCCUUUUCAGAGGCAAUGUUUCAAUUCGUCCGUGUGUUUGGAAGAGAACAAGUUUUGUGAUGGGCGAGUAGACUGUCCCGAUGGUAGCGACGAGGGAGUAGGGUGUGUGCUUACUGGUUGUCAUGAAGAAAAUGGAGGCUGUUCCCAAGUCUGCAAACAUCUCCCAGAAGGCAUCUUGUGUUCGUGUCACGAGGGAUAUUCCUUAGACGAUGAUGGUGUCACGUGUCUUGAUGUUGACGAGUGCGACAACCCCAGCACAUGUAGCCAGCGGUGUGUCAAUAACAAAGGAUCAUUCUGGUGUAAAUGUUUUGAAGGCUAUAAACUAGAGAAUGAUUUGAAACGAUGCAAAGCUAACGAUAACAUCACACCAUACCUUUAUUUCUCAACCCGGCGUCAGGUGAUGAAGGUCGACGUUCGCCAUGGAUCCAACCACCUCACAGUGCUAGAUGGUCUGUCGAGCGCAAUUGGUAUAGACUUUGACUGGUCUGAACAGCGUUUGUACUUUUCAGAUGUCACUAAAGAUAAAAUCAUACGAUGCUAUCUGAAUGGCAGUGAAUGCGAAGAUGUGAUCACAACAGGACUGUCGAUGACGGAAGGGCUUGCGGUGGACUGGAUUGGACGCCAUUUGUACUGGACUGACAUGCACACCCAUCAAAUCGAAGUCUCUGAUUUGGAAGGCGAAUGGCGUAUGGCGUUGAUUUCUGAUGACCUCAAAUCCCCUCGUGGAAUUGCAGUUGAUCCGAGAGACGGGCUUCUUUUCUGGUCUGACUGGGGUGCUACGAAGUCCAGGAUCGAGAGGGCCAACAUGGAUGGCAGUUCUCGACAAGUACUCAUUAAUACAUCCAUUGAGUGGCCAAAUGGCAUCACACUAGACGUUGCCAACAGGCGACUCUACUGGAUCGAUGCAAGGCUGGAUUACAUUGCCUUCUGUAACUACAACGGUUCUCAACGUUACACAGUGCUUCGAGAUGCAGGAAAGAUUCGCCAUCCGUUCUCCAUUACCUUGUUUGAGGACACGUUAUACUGGUCUGACUGGAGUGAUAGACAGGUCAAGCAGACAAAAAAGUUCCAUGAGGGUAACGUUACGUUAGUUUACACUGCUGGGUUUCGACCUAUGGACUUGCACGUAGUCCAUCCUCUUCAACAACCACAAGGUGUAAAUUAUUGUUUGAACAGCACUUGUUCUCACCUGUGUCUGCUGAAACCGUCAGGAUACAGUUGUCAUUGUCCUGUGGGUAGGGUACUACAGGACGACAAUGUCACAUGCCUUGAGGAAGCGUUCCUGUUGUAUGCCAAGAAGAACAGAAUCAGUGGAAUAUCCUUGAACCCAAGUAUCACCAAGGAUCAGAUGUUACCUGUGAGACAGUUAAGGACGGCUGUCGGAGUUGAUUUCAGCGUAGAAGAGCAGUAUGUGUUCUGGAGCGACAUCUCUACAGAUUCUAUCUCCAGGGUGUUUGUGAAUGGCUCAGGCCGGGAAACAAUUAUCGAUGGUUUUGGCCAAAUAGAAGGCAUAGCAUAUGACUGGACAGCAAAAAAUAUCUACUGGACUGAUCAAGGAAAGAAAAUUAUUGGAGUGGGACGACAGGAUGGUAGUUACCAAAAGAUUCUGCUCACCGUGGGUCUGAGUAAACCCAGGGCGAUUGUGGUGCAUCCUUCGAUGGGUCUGCUCUUCUGGACCGACUGGGACAAAAAUGACCCCAGGAUAGAGCGUGCUCUCAUGGAUGGCUCAAACAGAACCUCUUUGAAGAGUUCUGGUCUCAAAUACCCUAAUGGAUUAGCUAUAGAUUUUAGCUCCAAUCGAUUAUAUUGGUGUGAUGCUGGACAAGACAACAUUGGGUCCAUGUCGUUCGAUGGAGCAUUAAUCAAAGUACACUAUGCGAACUUACCGCAUCCAUUUGGAUUAGUUAUUUACAAGGAUAAGAUUUUCUGGACCGACUGGCAGACAGAAAGCAUCUAUCGAGGUUCUAAGAGUAGGAGACGAAAGACUGUGUUGAAGAAGGAUACGGAGAAUCUGUAUGGUGUGCGCGUAUUCGCCAAAGAAAACCAACCAGGUACAAGUGGUUGUUCUGUGAGCAAUGGUAAUUGUACCCAGCUGUGUCUACCGAUGGGAUUGAUGGAAGUUUCUUGCGCAUGCGCAGUGGGAUAUGCGUUAGCCACUGAUGGAAAAACCUGCGAGAGUGUGAACACCUUCUUAAUUUACGCAACAUUAACAGAGAUCCAAGGUGCUCCUCUGGACCCAAAGAGUGAAACAGAAGUCAUGCAGCCGCUAGGAGUCGUGCGGAACUGCUUCGCGAUAGACUUUCAUGCCAACUCCAGUAUGAUUUUUUAUGCGGACGAUCGCACGAAUACAAUUGGUCAAAUAUCGCGUGUUGGGACAUUAAAAAAGGACAUUAUUAACACCGGGAUUCGAAGACCACAAGGCCUUGCGGUUGACUGGGUCGCUGGAAACAUGUUUUGGACAGAUUCUAGCUCCAACGUCAUCGAGGUCAGCAGACUGGAUGGUACAUACAGAACAGUGGUUAUCUCUUCUGACUACACCAAUAGACCUAAGGCGAUUGCCGUGUACCCAGCCAAGGGGCUGCUAUUCUGGACAGACUAUGACAUGAACACACACCGUCCGAGGAUACACAGGUCCGCAAUGGACGGUUCGGAUCAUCAGAUUUAUCCAUUACACGCGGGUGAAGAAGGUGCGGGAAUUUCCAUAGACUACGAGGAAGAUAAGGUGUACUACGUGCAGGAUUCCCUCGACGCUAUGUGGCGAAUGGAUCUUGAUGGUGGUAAUGUUGUUUCUGUCAUUGGCUCUGCCAUGGAUCAGCCAUAUGCCAUAACCGUACAUCACCAGUUUGUAUACUGGACGACCUGGAAGCGUAAGUCGAUCCUAAGAGCAAAUAAGUAUAAUGGAACAGACGUUACGGUCAUAAGAUCGCAGGUGGAUGGUUUGAGAGACGUGCGCGUGUUCUCACCUCAGCGGCAGCCACCUGGAGGCCCAUGCGCGAAUAAUGGUGGCUGUGCAGAGCUGUGCUUAGCCGUGUCUUCGUCCCGGAGAAGAUGUGUAUGUGUGUCAGGCCGUACGGCACCCGAUGGCAAAUCCUGCUUAAAUGACACAAGCCUCCUUAUUAUCACUUCGAAAAGGAGAUUUAAGUUCAGAGCUACUAGUCGUCUUAGCAGGCCGCCAAGUUACUCCACAAUAUGGAGAAGACGAAUCAAUAUCGUCGCUUUCGACUAUGACUACGAUUCAAAGCUUAUUUACUUUGCUGAUGCCGACGGGAACGAUAUCAAAAAGGUGUUUCUGAAUGGCACUGGUAUGAAGGUUAUUUUAAAGGACGUUAUCACAAAGGCUCUUACAUUUGACUGGAUUACUAAAGUGCUUUAUUGGACAGAGGACACUACGAAACGUAUCGUAAAAAUGCAUGUUAAUUCCUCAAAUCGACAGAUCGUUGUUACCAACGCUGGUGUGUCAUCAUAUCCGUUAAUGGUCCUGCCCUGUAAAAGGCUCCUUGUGUGGAGUGCGCAUUCAGAAAUAAAAACUGCGAGCACGGAUGGUAGCAAUGUACAAACUCUUGUCAACUCUACCACGAAACCAAGAUAUUCAAUGACAUUUGAUUAUUCACAAGAAAGACUCUACUGGGUUGACAUGUACUCUGUUGUGAACAGUGUGUUUUUGAACGGAACGAGUCGUCGUCGGGAAUUUUCACUAUCUCCAAACGCCUUGUUCUUGGGUAUCCUAAGAGAAUUCUUGUAUUGGGUUGACGAAAUGAAAUCUGUGAAGCGCGCAGACAAAUACACCGCCGGAGAGCCUUCUGUUAUAGCAGAUUUGAAUUUUUCACCGACGGGGAUGCUAUUGUUCGCUGAAGAGCGGCAAAAUUGCACUGUCAACCCGUGUUUAAAUGGUGGAGGCUGCUCGCAUUUCUGCACCGUUCAAGAUAGACUUCGUGUUUGUACUUGCCCUGAAGGACUUAUACUGAAAGAAGGGUUCCAGUGUGUUAACAGUUCAGUCUUUUGUAGAGGGACACAGUUUGCUUGUUCAAACGGGAAGUGUUUGCUUGACUCAAUGGUCUGCAACAAGAAAGACGACUGUGGUGAUGGCUCCGAUGAGCUUUCUGCAUUGUGCGUUCAGAGACAGUGCAGAUCAAACGAAUUCAGGUGCGAAAGUGGACAGUGUGUUCUUUCGACUUGGAAAUGCGAUUUUGACCGGGAUUGUACAGACGGCAGCGACGAGAAAAACUGCCCCAAAAAGGAGUGCGCCACGCAUAGGUUCACAUGUGCAAAUGGGCACUGCAUAAACUUUGAUUGGAAAUGUGACGGUGACAACGAUUGUGGAGAUUUCUCAGAUGAAACCGACUGCCCUCCUGUUACAUGUCCACCGGGAAAGGCCAAAUGUGGCAACACCGAUGUGUGUAUAGACUCGUCUUGGCUGUGUGACAAGGACUACGAUUGUGAGAAUCACUGGGAUGAGAGUGAAGAGGUCUGUAACAACAAAACCUGUGGGGCGAGCAGUUUUCGUUGCACGUCUGGUCACUGUAUCUCCAAACGGUGGCAAUGCGAUGGAGAGGAUGACUGCGGUGAUGGAAGCGAUGAAGGGCUCUGUGAAAAGAACAACCAGACUUGUCUUAGUCAACAGUUUACAUGCCGUAAUGGCCGUUGUAUCACCAUGAAGUUUGUGUGCGAUGGAGACGAUGACUGUGAAGACGGCUCGGAUGAAUCUGCUGACGACUUGCACUGUAAUGACCGCACUUGUGACCCGACCGAGUUCAAGUGUGAGAACACUUCAAGAUGUGUGAUGAUGUCGUACGUUUGUGAUGGCGACAACGACUGCGGCGAUGCGUCUGAUGAACAUCCUAGAGAAGGCUGCGCGCUAAGGACAUGUAAGCCAACUCAGUUCAGAUGUAAAAACGGUCUUUGUGUGCAGAAAGCCUGGUUAUGCGAUGGCGAGAAUGACUGUGGCGACAAUUCAGACGAAGAAAACUGCCAAAAUCAUACAUGCAAUGAGAAACAGUUCACUUGUAAGAAUGGAUAUUGCGUCUCUAGUAGUUACAUUUGUGAUGGGGAUCGUGACUGCUCGGAUGGCUCUGACGAAGACCCGAAGCUCUGCCGAACGACCGGGGCACCUUCGUGUCCCGCUGGAUCGUUUAACUGCGGUGAAGGUACCUGUAUUUUGAGGGAUAAAGUCUGCGAUGGUCACGAGGAUUGCAAGAAUGGAGCAGACGAAUGGAGGUGUAAAAUAGGCGCGUGUCGUCGGCCGGAGCUGAACCGAUGCUCGCAGAUCUGUAACGGUACGUCCACUGGGUACACUUGUGAUUGCAGACCUGGUUUCAAGCUUCAAUCAGAUGGCUCAUCUUGCGAAGAUAUCAAUGAGUGUAACAAAUACGAACUUAACCAGUGUAAUCACUACUGCAUUAAUCUUAAAGGCCACUACAAGUGUGCUUGCGCCCGUGGGUACUCACUGCACGGUUUAAGAACAUGUAAACGCGACGAUAUCGCGCUUAAACCCUACCUGGCGUUUUUACUGCGUCAUGAGAUUCGCAAACUUGCCGUCGAUGGUUCUUGGGAAGGCGAAAUUUUACGCAAAGUUCAAAACGCAGUCGCGGUCGAUUUUGAUUGGUUGGAACAACGUAUUUAUUGGACGGAAGGUCGCGCUCCGCCGCGUCUCAAACGUGCGUUUUUUAACGGCACCAGUGCAGAAGUUGUCCUAGCAGCUGGGUUGUCCAACGUGGAAGGAUUAGCCGUGGACUGGGUAGGGAGAAAUGUGUACCUCGCGGAUCGAAUCCAGGACAAGAUAUUCGUGGCAACUCUGGAGGGACGUAACAUGAAAACACUCGUAUCACAGGGGCUGCAGGAGCCCAGAGGAGUCGUGGUUGAUCCAAGUGAUGGCCACUUGUUUUACAGCGACUGGGGAAACAAACCGCAUAUCGGAAAAUGUGGAAUGGAUGGCUCUGGCUGUCGAUGGCUCGUCACCAGUAAAUCCAUCGGUUGGCCCAACGGAUUGACACUCUGUCACAUUACUAAAAGAUUAUUCUGGGUAGAUGCCAAGUUGGACGUGGUCGAGUCUUGCGAUCGAGACGGUGGAAAUCGUGUACAGCUGUCUCAUUUGUACGCCCCGCAUCCGUUCUCUAUUAGUGUGUUUGAGGACUUUGUGUACUGGACUGAUUGGAUGACGAUGGCCAUUCAUCGUGCUCAUAGGCUGACGGGAUUGCAGCAUACUGUUCUGUUGAAUUCAACUCACAGGCUCAUGGGUUUACAAGUAGUUCAUCCCAUACGUCAGCCUCCUCUUCCCAAUCCUUGUGUGAACGCCUCUUGCUCUGGCCUGUGUCUGUUGAAGCCAGGAGGGAGCUACAGCUGUGUGUGUCCGGAUAACUAUCAUUUGGCCAAUGAUGGUAAAACUUGUUUGGACAACUGCACCAACAGUGACUUCGUUUGUGCAAACAACAUGUGCAUUCCACGCUUAUGGCGGUGUGAUGGAGAUGAUGAUUGUGGUGAUGGCUCUGAUGAGCCCCCUUCCUGCCCACCGAGACAUUGUUCACCAGGGAUGUUUCAAUGUGAUAACUCGACGUGCGUUUCGGUCAUUGCCAUCUGCGACGGUCACAAAGAUUGCCGGAACGGUGCUGAUGAAGAGUCAUGCGCAGUACGACAGUGCUUCCCUUUCCAAUUUAGAUGUGCAAACAACAAAUGCGUAUUCUUAACACAAGUGUGUGACAACCGUAAUGAUUGCGGUGAUCAUUCCGACGAGGCGCACUGCAAAUCGACCACUUGCUCUGGCGACCGCUACACCUGUCCCGGCGGUCGCUGUAUUAGCCGCCAGUGGCUCUGUGAUGGCGAUAAUGAUUGUGGAGACGAAAGUGAUGAGUCUCAAGAGAUUUGCCACAAUCAUACCUGUGACCCUCUGUCACGCUUCCAGUGUAACAACUCACGCAAAUGUAUCCCAAAGCUGUGGACUUGUGAUGGGGAUGCCGAUUGCAGCGAUGGUUCAGACGAAUCCAUAGAUGUUUGUGAAGGACACCUGUGCGAGGCUGGCUCGUUCCAGUGCCGCAAUAAACACUGUAUUCCCUAUGAUUGGAGAUGUGAUGGUGAAAAUGACUGCAACGACGGAGCUGAUGAAGACAAAUGUCCCACGCGUACUUGUUCAAACACUGAGUUCAGGUGUAACUCCGGGCGUUGUAUCAACAUUGAAUGGGUCUGUGAUGGCGAGGAUGACUGUAGCGAUGCGUCAGACGAGCGUGACUGUUCUCGAAGAUCGUGCAGAGGCGACCAAGUGCCCUGUAGCAAUGGUGAUUGUAUAAUGAAAGAUUGGAAGUGUGAUGGUCAGAGAGACUGCGAUGAUGCAUCAGAUGAACAGGGUUGCCCAGCACGUUACCCAGGUGGUCGACAUUGCCCUGCGCAGACGUUUACUUGUGGUAAUUUGGUAUGCGUACACAAGACGUGGGUCUGUGACGGUGACGACGAUUGUGGAGAUAGAAGUGACGAGGCAGAACAGCUCUGUCGUGCUCACAGCUGCCUGCACACGCAGUUUCGCUGCGAAAACAACGUCUGCAUUCCCAAAUGGCAAGUCUGUGACGGUGUGACUCAUUGUCGUGACGGGUCUGAUGAACGGUCGUGCUCUGCAGUCGCGAUUGGUUGUAACGCCACCCAGUUCAAAUGCGCUAACCGGAAGUGUAUUCCUAAUGGGUUUGUUUGUGAUAGUAAAGAUGACUGCGGUGAUGCGUCGGAUGAGAAAUAUUGUGGUGGAAGACACAAAUCUUGUGGGGACACCAACGGUGGCUGCGAGCAGAAUUGUACCUUGCUUGACGGAGGGGUGGUGUGUUUCUGCUGGCAUGGUUUUGAACUGUCCGUGGACUCACGGAAGUGUGUGGACAUUGACGAGUGUCAGGCAUUCGGUGCGUGCAGCCAGCAGUGUAUGAACACGCGAGGAAGCUACAAGUGUCAGUGUAAUCAGGGCUACGUCAGUGAUGGUGUGGACGGAAAAGAAUGCAAGGCUACAGGGAAACCUCCAUCUCUUCUUUUCCCAUCUGGUGGAGAUAUCCGGCACAUGGGGCUGGACGACAAUAACAGGGGUCCUUACGGAACAAUAGCUUUCAGCCAGGGUUCCGUAGGGGCUAUAGCUGUGUGGUGGAAGGAACAGCUGGUAUAUUGGACCGACUUGAGAAAAGGCACCAUCAAACGGGCUAAAGUACCAGGCGGGGAAGAAUUAAAUCGUCGUACGGCCCGCGCUGUCCCUCGAAAAACAAAGCAGGAAAUACAGGAUCUUUACGUUCCAGUGGGAAGAGCGGAAGGUUUAGCCGUGGACUGGUUAAGUGGGAAUAUCUAUUGGACUGACGCAAAAAAACGCGUCAUUGAAGUGGCAUCAAAGGAUGGUUACUAUAGAUACACUUUGUUCUCAGGACGUAUGAACAUGCCACACGCCCUUGUUCUUGAUCCGCUUGCCGGGCGAAUGUAUUGGUCCGAAUUGGGUUACCAGCCGGCCAUUUACACAGCGCUCAUGGAAGGAGGGAAUCGCACAAUUCUUGUACGGGACAAAAUCCAGUGGCCAGUCGGAUUGGCCCUUGACGUUCCAGCGAAACGACUCUACUUGUGUGACUCUAAAACAAGACGUGUUGAAUCUGUUAGCGUAGACGGACUUGACAGGAAACUUGUAAGAGAGUUUCCAAGCAAUGAUAUACCCGUGACGAUUGCGUUGCACGAGAAUUUUGUUUACGUCACAGUGCAAGCUGGUAAACUGUACAAGUUGAACAAGUUUGGCCAAGGUCCGCUGACGGUUUUGGUGCAUGGACUCAAGCGUCCAGUUGGGUUGGUUGUGUUGCAGCAACAGCAACAACAUGUACCAAGAGACUUUAUCAACAACUGUGCUGUCGGAAAGAACAAGUGCUCUCACCUUUGCCUGUCCAGUCGUCAGAAGCCUGUGUGUGUGUGCCCCACAGGAGACCCAGGAAAAUCUGGUGACUGUCAGACAGGAAUUAAACCGCCCCGUCCUCCCCCAGUGUGUUGGCUUGGACUGUGUGGAAAAGGAACUUGUGUUAAUGUGAGGAAUAAUGCCUCUUGUCGUUGUCCAAAAGGUUGGACUGGAACACGCUGUGAGAUAAGCUUCACACCCACCCCACAGUUAUGUACAUUGAAGUGUCUGAAUGGAGGGAUUUGUGUCAUUGAAGAAGGAAAACCGAAAUGCAAUUGCCUACCACGAACAAUGGGUGUAUUAUGUGAGGUCACGUGUGCUCUGUUUAGCUGUAGUCACGGAGGAACAUGCAUUGUAGAAGAUGGGCAUUUUGCUUGCAGAUGUCGAAAAGGAUAUCGUUACGUCGGAAACAAAAUUUGUGCUUUAGACCCAUGUUUUGAAGAUAAUCGUCGCAGAGAAUUAUGCGGUGAUCUAGAGUGUGUUGUCAAGAAUGAUACCAACGAAGCAUUGUGCCGAUGUGCCAAUGGAAGCUUGGCGAAGUCUUGCGGGAAACCGCAAGUACUGGGGAGAGUUGACCACGGCGCACCAGCACAGAUAAUUGUCCCGGUAGUGAUGGCCUGUUUGGUGCUCAUUGCUUUGCUUAUUGUUUUCCUCCGCCUUCGCCGUCGCGCGUAA